GUUGUUAAUUUCAAAAGACUAUAGUGCUCAAAGAAAUCCUGUCUUAGACUCUCCAAGUAAUAGACAGUUUUGGAUGUGUUGCUCAGUGUUAGCAAAUGUUGCUUUAAAUUAAAUAGUAUUAUUAUUAUACUGCCAUUUAUUAGAAGCUAACUACCAGGUAAGUUCAAAUGAGGUGAGCGGAUCCUCUCAGAAACCAGGGCACACAAUGUCAAUCCAGAACAUCUGGGAAAUACUCCAGUGAAAAGCACAUGCUUUGCCAGAGCUAAAGCUCUCCUUAUAGUUUCCUUCAGUGUGUUUAUGGCCCCAAGACAUAUGCUUUUCAAAUACGUAACUUUGUCUAGUUGUGGUAGUAACUUCUCAGGGUGUGGGUCUUGUUUCUCUAAGGUGCUGAGGUCCUCCCCUGAAGUGAUGUUCUUCCUCUCACCCUUGGAAAGCAGACGCAGCUCCAGUCUUGAUUAGUUGACCUGGAGCUUAUGUAAUUAGAAGAGGCACCGUCUCCCUCAUUUAAAAGCCUGUUAGCAUAUGACAGUCUCCUAUCAAGGGAAGGCAAUUCUUUCCACAGCUUCUUCCUGUGAUCUUUAAGACACUCCAGAGUCCAGAGAAGCCUCGCUCUGAGGAUGAGCUAACCACAGCAGGCACCAUGGGACCCUCUAGAGUAAUCAGGAAGAAGACUUCCAAAACCUGAUGUGAUGUCUCCUGCUGGAGACGGGGCACGAGGUGCAGGGAAGGGGAGGUGGCCUGAUCCAGGACGAGGAUGACGCAAUGCUGAAGCUGGAGGAAAGAAGCAACAGGCACCAUGGAAAAACCCAAAACUAAGCAAGGAGAGAAUGAACACAUGCCGGUGAAUAACCCGUCCACUCAGAUUUACCAGCUGCAGGCCCUGGCCUCGGAACUGAAAACUGGCUUCACAGAAGCAAUGCAGGAACUGACACGGAUCCAACAUGGAGAAUAUGCUUUGGAAGAGAAGGUCAAGAGCUGCAGAUGUUCCAUGGAAGAGAAAGUCACCGAGAUGAAGAAUUCCUUAAACUACUUCAAGGAAGAGCUGAGCAAUGCGAUGUCCAUGAUUCAGGCCAUCACUUCCAAACAAGAGGAGAUGCAGCAGAAAAUCGAACAGCUUCAGCAGGAGAAGAGAAGAGAAUCUCGAAAGGUUAAAGCCAAGAAAGCACAAAAGGAAGAACAUGGUGCACAGGCCGGACCUGCAUCUGCGCCUGCGUCUGCGCCUGCGCAAGGAAGCCCCUUCCGCUCCAUCAAUGUCCCAGAGUCUGGUCUCCCCAGUGAAGACUUCACCAACAUGUUGCCUUCUCAGACUUAUGAAAAAGCCCAAGAGUCAAGAUCUGUUCAUGUAGGAGAUGGCAAUGUGAAGGGGAUGAUGGGUCCUGGAGUGAACCCAACAACUCCAGAAUCAGAUGAAAACCUUAAGCCUUCUCUCUCAGCUGAGAUCCAGUCCAAGGGCCACCACACAUCUGGCCUGUGGAGACAGCCUAAGGACGGCAAAGAAUGGGGCGAGGAAUAUGUCACAAAAGAUCACCCAGAUAAGCUGAAGGACUCGGGCCAGGGUAGACACAGCUCUCUGGAAAAUGUUCUAUGUGAAACCUCUUUAGCCGCAAAAAGGCAGACUGUGGCUCUGGAGCUGCUGGAAUCCGAAAGGAAAUACGUCAUCAACAUCUCUCUGAUCCUGAAGAUAAAGGCAACAUUCCAGGGCUCGGAUGGAAAGAGGAACCCCAAGGAGAGAAGCCUCUUCCCCGGCUCCCUGCGCUACCUUAUCCAGCAGCACUUGGAUUUGCUUCACGCGCUGCAGGAGAGGGUCCUGAAAUGGCCACGCCAAGGAGUCCUCGGAGACUUAUUCCUGAAGUUGACAAAUGAUGAGAAUAAUUUCUUGGAUUACUAUGUUGCCUACCUGAGGGAUUUACCCGAAUGCAUCUCACUGGUUCACGUUGUGGUGCUGAAGGAGGGUGAUGAAGAGAUUAAGUCGGAUAUCUACACCCUAUUUUUCCACAUAGUACAGCGCAUCCCUGAAUAUCUGAUACACCUGCAGAAUGUUCUGAAGUUCACGGAGCAGGAGCACCCCGACUACUAUCUCCUGCUUGUGUGUGUCCAGCGCCUCCGAGUGUUUAUCUCUCACUAUACCCUGCUGUUUCAAUGCAAUGAAGAUUUGCUUAUCCAGAAGCGGAAAAAGCUCAAAAAGUCAUCUAUGGCAAAGCUGUACAAAGGGCUGGCUUCCCAGUGUGCCAAUGCUGGCCAAGAUGCUUCCCCCACUGCAGGGCAGGAGGCUGUCCGAGACAGUGGGAUCCACUCAGAAGAAAUGCUCCAACCCUACCCUUCCACUCCCAGUUCUGCCCCUGCUGUCACACAUCUGAUGGCCCCAGCGAAGAAAGGCCAGCAGCAGCAGCAGCAGCAGCAGAGCCUCAUGGAGAGCAUGCAGCCCGGGAAGCCAGGAGACUGGGAGAUGGAGGGCAGAAAGCACGAGCGGCCCGAGAGCCUGCUGGCGCCAGCGCAGUUCUGUGCGGCCGAGCAGGACGUGAAGGCGCUCGCCGGGCCGCUGCAGGCCAUCCCAGAGAUGGACUUCGAGCCGUCCCCCGCGGAGCCGCUGGGCAACGUGGAGCGCUCGCUGCGCGGUCCGCCCGAGCUCCUGCCUGAUGCGCGCGGCUUCGUGCCCGCUGGCUACGAGGAGUUCGAGUACGGGGGAGAGAUCUUCGCGCUGCCCGCGCCCUACGACGAGGAGCCCUUCCAGGCGCCAGCGCUCUUCGACAACUGCUCGCCGGCCUCCUCUGAGUCCAGCCUGGACAUCUGCUUCCUGCGGCCGGUCAGUUUCGCCAUGGAGGCUGAGCGGCCGGAACACGCGCUACAGCCGCUGCCCAAGAGCGCUACGUCGCCGGCGAGCAGCAGCGGCGCCUACAAGCUGGAGGCCGCGCAGGCGCAGGCACACGGGAAAGCCAAGCCGCUGAGCCGCUCGCUCAAGGAGUUCCCGCGCACGCCGCCCGCCGAGGGCGUGGCCCCGCGCCUCUACAGCACGCGCAGCAGCAGCGGAGGCCGCGCACCGCUCAAGGUCGAGCGUGCUCCCGCAUCCCACGGCCCCGCUGCCGCCGCCGCCGCCUCCCGCGGGGCGCCGCGGACCUUCUUCCCCCAACAGAGGUCCCAAAGCGAAAAACAGACCUAUUUGGAAGUAAGGAGGGAGAUGCACCUAGAGGAUGCCACCCGAUUCUGUCCAAAGGAAGAAAGAGAGAGUGAACAGACUUCUUUCAGCGAUCAAAAUCCCAGGCAAGACCAGAAAGGGGGCUUUCGCAGCUCAUUCCGCAAGCUCUUUAAAAAGAAGGGCUUGUUUGGCUGGUGGCCCCACACACCCAGAGUGCUGCUUCGGGAUGAAGCUAGGCAUGGAGCCAGAUGCAACAGGAAACCCGAGAAAGGGUUCUCUUCCCUCUGAGGCGGGGAGGGCCGAGUGCCCAUGCCCACAAGGAUUCAAAAGGCAGAGUCAAGUUGGCAUCAUAAAAAAAUAUUCUGAAAAAGUGCCCACGAUAUUUGAGGAAAAGGGUAACCCUUUUAUUGUUUCCAUCUCAGGCGCAUUUGCCCUGGGUAGAUACCAGAUCAUAGGUCCCCGAAAGCUGUACAGCACUGCUCAGAAGGAAGACCUACUAACCAAAGUCCGAGAGAGUUACAUGACCUUACACACUUUAAAUGUGACCCUUACCUGUCAGGAACAGACCUGAUAGCAAUGGCCAACCCUUACCCCUCCUCCCUUAGAGUAAGACGAAAGAUAGACUUUCCCCCUGGAAGAGUGUAUAUGACACUGUCAAAGACCUAAAUCCAGACCGUCAUCAAAGCUGAGGCAAAUGCUUUCGCAUCUUUGCGUCUGACUCCUAGACUUGGGAGUAAGUACUCUGAGCUGGGCAGAGCAGUGAGGAGACACCAGGUAAGGCAGGUGAGCAGCCGGGAGCCUCCACUUCGAGCUAUCAUUUUCUGAGCACAGAAGAUAAAGAACAUGGCUCUGAAUGCUGACUAUAUUUUUCACCCCUUCACUUCCUUUUCAGUACUUUGUAAUUUAUAUGAUUAUUUCUAGUCCAGCUAUCAUACCCCACCCAUCACUUCAAAUCUAUCUCAUCACACAUGGUCAGGAGCCCUUCCGCAGCCUGGAUAUUGGGCUGUCAGGGAGCCCCGUUUUGUUUGGUGUCCUCCCACAGUGUAUACGCCUCCCUGUGGAGCAGUGCAUAGAACAGAAGGCAGAAAUCUAACGUCACUUGGUUCUCUUAUAUUCACGUCCUCUACCUCCUAACACUCAUCCCAAGCCCACUCUUUCUUUUACCACUUUGAAGUUCUGUCUUACCUCGUUUAGUUUUCUUAUGUAAAUUUCAAAUUCAAGAGGGGAUGUUUUAAAAGGCUGAGGUUACCAGCUCUGAUUGGGAAUGCUUCUCAGUAGGUCAUCCGAGUCAGUCAGUUAAGUCUUUAGUGUACCAGGUUCUGCCCAGCACAAAACAAGUAGAAGAAAUACUGCUGCCCGUUUGGAGCUUAUAGUUCAGUGUAAGGUGAGCAUAGCUGCAGGUUAUAAUCUACAUCACAUAUUAAGAGAAUCUUAUUCAUCAUCCUGUGGACGCCAUGGGUGACUUUCUCCACCAUCAGGACAGGCGCUUCCCCACCUCCUCCUAUCCUCUGCAUCUGAAUGCCCUGACUCCUUCAAGGAAGGCAGUCUUUCAUAUCAGAGAGCCCAGCCUUUCUCUGGAGACUCUGUGGCACUUGUUUGUGCCUCCCUUCCUCACUCCAGGACUUUCAGGGUUAUCUGCUGCAAAGUUGCACAUCCUGACCUACCCAGCUUGCAAUUUUCUUUUUUUGCUGUCCCUUGAAGGAAGUUAGUAACAACUGUUACUGUUUCAUUCUGUUUCUGUCCAUUUUCAUUUCUGUCAAGUUAACAUGUGUCAGGAUAUAUUGACAGCCAUUGUACCCUUUCCAGAGAGUCCCUGCCUGUCCCUUUAGUGUCUGCUUAGAUGUGCCCUGCAGUCUGCCAAAAUUGUGUAGGGUAUUCAGAAGCCAUCUGUGUGUUUUACAAAGAAAGGGAAGAAAACAUACCAUCUCUUUCUCAUAGAUUCUGCAGGGUGAUUCCCCUGCUUAUUGAUGCCUAGACCUCUGGAAGAGUCCAGAUACCUACAGUAUGUUGAGCACUAUAAAAGUCAGCUAAAACUGUUUCUAAAAGGUGAAAAUGAGCUUGGGAUCAUUGCUGCAGUAGAAUUCUGUAUUUUGAAAACAAUUAGUAAGUUAGCCACUUAAUUACUUAGUAAUUAACAUUCAGAAAUGUAGACAUUUGUACUGGAAGCAAAGGGAAGGUCCAUUUUGUAAGAAGAGCAGUUAAAAAAAAGUCUGAGCUGAGUUUAUGGAAACUAGACAGGGCGAUUUUGGCAUUUGUUUCAGAAAUGGGAACUCAGCUGGUGAAGAUUUCUGUGGUCCUUGGGGCUGGUGGUGACAUCAGAGCUUUCCCAUUUCCAGGUAAACUCCAAACAGUUGCAUGUGGGAACCUAAAAGUAUGACGUGUUGGGCUUUGGAGAGAUCAGACGGGAGUUAGAGGGAAAGUGUGAAGAGAAGGCUUUAACUGUAGACUAACGUUGAGAAAUUCUUGUGAGGGAAAAAAUUGAAAAUAGACAGCAGCAACUGAACUCCUGCCUCCUGCCCUAAACCAGAAGGGCUUCUAGGCUCCCACAUAGCAGAAGACAGGGAAAGAAUGAAUGGCCAAGAUGUAAUUUACUAACAUUUGGGGCAUAUGUAUGCCAAUCAGGGAUGAUCUGAACUGGAGGGAGGCAGUAGUUCUGAGAGCUGAAAGCAAGCCUGGAGUUUUAGGGCAGUCGUGAGUCUGUUUCUAGGGAGUUUAGGUUGAUCCCCAAAAAGAGAAGUUUACCCCACCAGACCCUUCCCCUCUAUAGGAUGUAGUAGGAAUGCACCCCUUUCUAACCAGAAGUAAAAGCUUGUUAGCUAGCUAUGGCUUCAUUUCUGUUAGCAAAUUGAAAAAUAAAAACAUCUAGUCCAUUUAUCAGGUUUCCAGAUGUCUUUAGUGUUUCCGUAGGACCGGUGUUUUUACUUGAAGAAUAGAAAAGGAUGUUUGAAUUCUUCCCAACAAACUCCGUAAAUACAGAUUCAUAAUUAAUAGCAAUACUUAUUAAUAACAAGUACUCAGGCUGGACUUCUAUUGCAGUAGAACACUUGCCUUUCGUGUGAGGGCCCUAUGGUUGAUCCCCUGUACUACCAAAGUAGAACAAAGUAAAGCCCCUCACCCCCCCCAAAAAAGUAACCAACAGAAAUCUCCCAAAAAACCAAGGACACAAAAAUAGUGAGUGUACCAAUGACAGUGUGAGACUUGAGGCAAGUUACCCUGCACUUGUGUUUAGGGAAAGCUCGUCUGAUGCAGUGUGUGGAGGAACUGUUCACUUGCAUGGGCUCUGGAACACCGCUUUCAUACAUCCUAAGUAGGACUCGGACACUGGGUCUCGGUUCCUGAGCUCGUUCUACCCACUCAAGCUCCAAGUUUAAAUUAGUGAGAGGGCUUCAGUCUAGUUGCAUACGAGAUUAUUUCUAGAAAGCCUCCUCCCUCUAGGACUUCUGACAUGAACAGACUGGAGAAGGUACAGAAUGGAAUGGAUUGUCUAACCAGGAGAAAGAAAGAAUGCGUCCCGGACUGGGCACUCAGACGGACUGGGCUAACUACCCAUUAGUCUCGGUUUCCUUUGCGGUGGUUGACAUAACUGUACUGACUUCUGCAUUCUACCAAAUGUAGCAUCUGUGUGGUUGGCUUCAAUAAAUCUUUCCUUUAAAAAUGAAAACAAGCAAACGCAAGAGUGUGUAAUGUAAUGUCUAGAUUAAGCAAGAGCCCCUGAUAACCAUUUGAAUUUCAGGGCCUUGGUAACCUGUGGACAGUUAUUUCAUUGAAUCAAAAAUAGAUAUUGUUGUGCUUUCUUCCUGCUCCAGUGUCCUACACGGUGACUAACACUGACAUAGGCAGUUGUCACAGUAGCCCCCAUGAAGCACUAGAGAGAUUCUGUGUGUUCACAUAAGACGCACAUAUCUUAAGUUUUGAAAUCCAGGGGAGUAAAAAUGAUUCCAGGUCUAGGAGGCAACUGUUUUACAAUGCGAAGCAAUUUGGAUAGAUAAAUACUUGAAGACAAUUAAAACCAAA